AUGUCGCCCGAAGCAGUCAUUCUUAGGGAAAACCCAAACCCUUUGGAGGUGGAGUGGAUCUUCAACGGUGUCACGCAAGUCCCAUCGCCCUAUGACACUGAGAAAGAUGCCCACUUCGGCCUACACAUCUCCUUCACUCCGGAGAAGAUUAUUUUAAGUCUCAACGAGUUCCCAAAAAAUCGUAUUCUUCAAACAGACGAUCAACAUCUCUUCCUCUUGGCCUCUUUUGGCUCACUUCGCUUUCCCGACGUCGCACCAAAGGUCAAUAUCGACUAUAUCGCCAGAUGUCUGACCUCUGGGGUGACGCUCAACGGCAAAAAGUACUUCUUUUAUGGCCACAGUAACAGCCAAUUGCGAAGCCACAGUUGUUUCUUACGACAGGGGCGGUCAGAAGCGGAUAUUCACAGCCGGAUACUCUCACUCGGAGACUUCAAAUCCAUUGAUAGCCCUGCAAAACUUGCGAAGAGAAUAGGCCUCUUAUUCUCUGCUGCAGAACAAGACUCGGUAUUGGAUCCCUCUCACACUCGCGACAUCCCCGAUCUGAUGGUCGGCGAUACGCUAUUCAGCGAUGGUUGUGGCCUAAUCUCUCAGGCCUAUGCAAGGCUCUUAGCCAAGAAGAAACAGGCCAUCUUUCGUCAGGUUAAAUACGUACCCUCCGUCUUCCAAAUACGAUACAAAGGAUACAAGGGCGUUCUAAUGCUUCACCCUCCGCUCGACAGUCAGAACGACGGAUACGUUCAUUUCCGAAAGAGUAUGCGCAAAUUCACAGGCGUUCCAAAUGAUACCCUUUCGAUUAUCAAGUAUUCGGUUCCAUAUACUUACGGCAGGCUGAACAACGAAAUUGUCGCCCUCCUUUCGUCCCUUGGGAUCAGCGACGAAGUGCUACUGGGAAAACUUCGAGCUUAUAUGAGCUGGUUGAGAACCGUCUGCACGAACUUGUCGUCCGCAUUGGAUUUUGUAUCAAGUAUUGACAAGCACUCUCUGGUCGAGAGAAUUCUGCUCGAAGGAAUCGAUUCAGCUGGGAUCCAACGAGAAUUAAAAAAGGCACUGAAGCAGGAAAUAGAAAAGUUCAAGAAGGUAGAUAUCGAGAAGAAGAAACUACGUGUCCUCGUCAACAACUCUCGUCGUCUCUUUGGAGUAUGUGACCCCUUUCAGAUACUCAGAGAGGGUGAGGUGUUUGUGCGCGUCACAAUGCCACACGCCGGGCCACGAACAAUUCACUCAUGUUCAGUCCUCAUAUUCCGAAAUCCUUGUAUGCAUCCUGGUGACUGUCUCAAACUUCGAGCGGUUGAUAAGCCGGAGCUACGUCAUCUAGUCGAUUGCGUCGUCUUUGCCUCAAAGGGGAGACAUGCCGCUCCUUCGCUCAGCUCUGGAGGCGAUCUGGAUGAGUACACCAUCAUUUGGGACAAGGAUCUUAUUCCAUCCAGAGUUUUCGAGCAUUACCUCUAUCCUCCAGUCAAAGAGAAGAAGAAAAGUGUCAUCACUCGUCGGGAUCUGGCUGCACACUUUGCAAACUAUAACAGCAUCAGUAUGGGUACGACAGCGAGACUAUACUGGCAAUGGGUGAGGUUUCAUCCAGAAGGCGCCAAGAGUCAAGAGUGUCAAGACCUCAAUGCCCUCUACUCCCAAUGCGUUGAUGGCGGCUCCAUCAAGAUUCCAGAACGUUUAAGGGGUGUACCUGAAGGACCUACCCGCUUUAUUGUUGACCAAAUGUGGGCCGAGGGGAUGGCCUUUGCAGAGGAGUGGCUCAAGAAGGAAGAGAAUGCAGAAGCUUACGUCGAACAAGGGACGGAUGAAGAAACAAUUAUCGCACUUCUUGGCUCGCCUCGAGUUUCUUUGACCGAGUUUCAGACCAUCCAAUUGGCCCAAAGACUUGCGCGAAGAUCCUCAUUAAGUCUCCGCCCAUAUUACUCAAUGAUGGAUUUCAGUUCGCUUCGAGACUCAGAGAAGCGAAUUAUAGCCGAUACCUUUGAGAUGAACGCAGAGGAACGCGCCUCGCUAUGGAUUAGGCAAGGUCUCCGAUACCUGAUCGAUUAA